UCCCAGUCACACAGACACGAGACAUCAGAGUCAGACAUUACCUUCCUCCGCAGGCCCAGCUCUGCCUCCGCUGAUGAAUGGGAAGAGAAGGGCUGGAACUCCACAGGGAUCAGCAGCUGUCAGCCAGCUUGCAGUAAGGGACUGAGUCUGAGAGGAACACUGGAAGAAGUGGCAGCUCAGCUGCUGCAAUGGCCCCAGACACCCAGCAUCUUCCUCUGUCCUUUCUUCCUCCCCUCCGCUGUCCCUCCUCUCAGCUGGAGGAUCAUUCACAGAGAGAGAGCUGGACUGUGCUGCGCCCAGGCACCCCUA